CACAGAAUUCAGGCGGGGAAAAGGACAGCUUUGGCGCGAGCUUCCCCUGCUCUCGCGUGCUUUAGCCGAGCGCUGCAGCGAAGCGGUGGCUCAGUGCAGCCGAGCGCUGUCGUCGUGGAGGGUAGGCAACGCAGCACGGCCAGUCCGGACCAGGGAGGAGUGCCCCGACGGGCCGGGAAGCUGCUGCUGCCAAGUGACUUGCGGGCCAGGAGGACCGCCGCCGCAUAUCGAGGAGGACCGCCGCCGUAGAUCGAGGACCGCCGCACCGACCAACCUCCUUGCUCACGCCGCUCGAACCCGCUUGCCUCUCCCCGACGCCGGCACGCUAACCAGUAGAAUUUGGGUUGUGCAAUGACAGAAAUUAGCAAAAGGACACCUCAAGUUGGUAUGAGAUUUAGAGAUUCACAUGAGGCUUGGGUGUUUUGGCUAGAAUAUGGGGGUCACAUAGGUUUUGAUGUGAGGAAAAAGAUGCACCGACAAAAGCAAAUUUGAUGGAAAGGCGACUUCAUGCAGAUUUGUUUGUUCCAAUGAGGGCUUUAGACGGAAAGGGCAAACUAAUCGUGAGCCAAAAUGUUUCAGAGCUGAAACAAGAACUGACUGUAGAGUUCAGAUGGUUAUUAGAUUGGAUCGAGCUGCAGAAAAUUAUGAAGUUACCGACGUAGCACUGGAGCACAACCACUACCUUCAAUUGCCACAAACCCGCCACUUGUUGGCAUCACAAAGGAAGAUUUCAGAACAACAAGCCUUCGAGAUAGAAACAUCUGAUGAUUCUGGAAUUAUGCCAAAAGCUUCACAUGAGUUUGCUUGUCGUAAAGUUGGUGGGCCGUUGAACCUUGGUUACACUUGCCGUGACCAAAAGAAUCAUUUGCGAAGCAAGCGGCAGAGAGAGUUGGCUUAUGGGCAAGCCGGUAGUAUGUUGAAGUUUUUCCAUGACAAAAUAGCCGAGAAUCCAUCAUUCCAAUAUGCUUUGCAGUUGGAUUGUGAGGAGAAUAUAGCCAACAUAUUCUGGGUUGAUGCUAAAAUGCUACUUGACUAUGCACAGCUUGGUGAUGUUCUCACAUUUGACACCACAUUUGGCACAAACAAAGAGUAUAGGCCAUUUGGUAUUUUUCUUGGGCUCAACCAGUUUAGAGAAACAACCAUUUUUGGUGCUGCAUUGAUGUUUGAUGAAACACGUGACUCAUUUAUAUGGCUCUUCGAGACAUUUCUAGCCGCGCACAAUGGAAGGCAACCUAAGACUAUUUAUAUAGAUCAAGAUAUAGCAAUGGGGAAAGCCAUAGAGAGAGUCUUCACGGAAUCAUAUCAUGGAUUGUGCACCUUCCACAUAAUGCAAAAUGCUUGCAAACAUUUAUCUCCAAUGAAGGGCGAAGAGGAAGAUGAAGUUGAAGAGAGAGAUGAAGUGGAAGAAGAAGAAGAGUCUCAUAUUCUCACUGAUUUUAGUGCUUGUAUGUAUGGCUAUGAGGACAAGGCAGCGUUUCAAGAAGCGUUUGACAAUAUGAGGCUAAAAGUGCAUAAGCAAACUUGGUUGGAUAGUAUCUACAAGGUUAAAGAAAAAUGGGUUGAAUGUUAUAUGAGAGAUGUAUUUAGUUUGGGAGUGAGAAGUACACAAUUAAGUGAGAGCUUCAACAAUGCGUUCAAGAAUCAUUUGAAAUCAUAUUUUCAUAUUGUUCGAUUCUUGAUGCAUUUUGAGAGCACGGUGGAAGUAAAAAGAACAAAGGAAUUGGAUUCGGAAUUUGAGGCGAGGAAGAAGUUGCCCAAGAAUUAAGAUGUGCACCCCUAUGUUAGUGCAAGCAAGCAAAGUGUACACCCCAAUUAUUCUUAAGCUUUCCAAGGUGAGUAUGAAAGAUCCAUGGCUGCAUGUUGUAGGGUAUUGGAUGGAAAUAACAAAUUUGUUGUUGCCAUUGGGAGUUUGCACGGUGAUUUAGAGUUUGAGGAGGAGCGCAUAGUUCUAGGUGAUCCUUUGACUCAAACGGUUUCUUGUAAUUGUGCAAUGUUCAAUAGGACAGGGAUAUUGUGUGGACAUGGUCUAAAAAUUCUUGACUUGAUGAAUAUAAAGACGUUGCCAAAGCAUUAUAUUCUAAAGAGAUGGACUAGAGAAGCGCGCAAUGGAAGUAUACAAGAUAGGCAAGGAAGGAACGUGAUAGAAAAUCCAAAAUUGGAAGCUCAACUUCGAUACAAGGACAGGUCUUAUAAGUUUCACAAUAUGGCACAUAAAUCAGCCAACUCUCCGGAAUGUUGUGUGCUACUGAAAAGUACACUUGAUGGCAUUGCUCCACACAUAGAGGAUUUACUCAAUGCAGCCACUAGUGCUAUGAGUGAACCAUAUAAAGACAAAGAAAAUGUUGACCCAAAAGUGCAGGAAAUACUUAGUUCUGCACGGCUGAAGAAAAAAGAGGUUCAAUCAUCAAACUUAAGGAGAAACAAACUUGGCUUGAUAAGUUACUCAAGAGGAAGCGCAAAUCAAGUAAAGCUACCGCACCAACAACAAAAGGAGCAAAGGUAUGUUGCAAACGGUACAUGCUAUGUUGUGUUGUUCAUUUGUAAACUAAUUACUAUACUUUUCAUUGGCAGCAACAAAAGAAAAAGGAUGGUGUGCAACAAAAGAAAAAGGAUGGUGUCCAACAAAAGAAAAAGGAAGGGGAAGCUCCAAAUAAAAAGGAUGGUGUGCAGCCUCCAGUACAAGUGAAGAGGUAUGAAAACAACAAAGGAACAGAUUUGGAGCUUCAAGAAUGGAAUGGCAUCAUUAGUUUCACCCAGCAGGUCUUGUCGGCUACACCUUGUGGUGAUGCUGAUAUGUUCUAGCAUGCAAGUUCGUUAGAUCGUAUUUUGGACAUGGUUAACUAUAGUAUUUUGGGGCUAACCAUAGUAUUUUGUGGCCUAAUUGUACAAGUGAAAUGGCCAAUUUCUACCCUUGGAUCAUUGUUUCAGUGGUACCACUUGGUUCCGAAAUUGUACAAGACCUUAUGAAUUUCAAUGACAAGUGGCUUGUUGUCUGUUAAGACAUC